CCGGCUCGGCCCGGCUCGGCUCGGCUCGGCUCGGCUCGGCCCGGGCCAGGCCCGGCGGCGGCGCGGCCAUGGCGCGGGACCCGGCCUUCGUGCUGCGCUACCUGGCCGAGGUGGAGGAGCUCGCCGAGGACGUGCUGGCGGCGCGGCAGCAGAUCGUGGACCUGGACGCGAAGCGGAACCGGAACCGCGAGGCGCUGCGGGCUCUGCACAGGGACCCCGACCCCGACGGCAGGGCCAUGGUCUGCUUCGGAAACAUGUUCAUCGAGCUGCCGAAAUCGAAGACCGAGGAGAUGAUGCAGAAAGAUCAGGAGCAUUUGGAUGAGGAGAUAAACAAGCUUCGGAAAGAGCUGCGCACGAAGGUCAACCGCCUCUUUGAAGCUCAAGGUAAAGCUGAGCUGAAAGGAUUUCACCUGAACCCCAUGACUGCUGAGGAAAUGAAACUAAUCAAUCGCGUACUGGAAGGCUGAGGUGGCGGUGGCAUCACCAUGACCAUGUGCAAAUAGUGUUGCUUACCAAAGCGUAUUUAGGCUGUCACUUGUGAAACUCACAUUGCUGUAUCAGUGACCAGCCUCCAAGGUUUCUGUUUUUUUUUUUCUUUAGGAAAACAUCUGUAUUCCUGGAAACUUUCUCAAGUGGUAUUUACCUGAUAGGCAUUGGGAAGCAUUUGGCUCCUCAAAUAGAAUGCUGCAAUUUCUUUGGAGUAUAAACUGUUCCUUCUCCUUGCUGGAUAAGGAUUGGAUGCUGGCACCAUGCAGAGGAAAAUGUUAUAACACAGGCUCAUUCAAGACAUUUGACAGACUGCCAUUGUUAGGGUGGAAGUGGGAUUAUUAAAGUCUGAGAAACGGCAUUCCAAA